UGAAUGUAAAACUGUAAAAUAUUUUCACUGGGACCCUAAUUCUGUGAAGUUCACACAGACAUGGAUUAGUUCAUUGUUAAGUGGCAAAAGGUUCAGGUUGUCAGAGGUUAUCUAAGAGGGGAACCAUACCAGUAAACUAUGUCAGUUUACUAUGCCUUUGUGACAAAGAGUGAAUGAAUCUGAAUCAACAAUCUCCCUCUCGACCUGUGAGAGCACUGUACAGCGGAAUUGCGUGCCCCGUACUGAAUGUUUCGGCAGUUCAUUCCGGGGGCAGUCGGAAGCCGGCUAUUCAGGAAAGGCAUGGCGUGACGGUGCCAGGAGUCCCCGCCCUAGUACGACUGAUUAAGCACGGAUCUGGGAGCUGCAGACUGAGGCCAACGAUUCACCCGGACUUCACCGCACCUGCACUUGAGCAUCAUUGUAUCCAGCACCGCACCUGCACUUGAGCACUCACUGUCCGGAGACGUGUCUGUGUUUGUGUUGUGUUUGUGUUUUGGGAUUAUUAUUUCGGGACUGCAACCCCUUGUUUUGGCGCUGGCAAUACCCAUUGCUGGGUAGAGUCAGCUUUAUUAUUUAAUUACUGGUCAAGGAAUAAAAAGGAACUUGAACCGUGAACUUUGUGUUUUGUCCUUGUCUGCAGCACCUGCAUCACCCAUUCACCACGCACUACAACCCACACGUUCACACGUGGUGUCAUUACGGGAGAUGGACGUUGCUACGCUCACUGCGCUGUUGCAAGCGCUGGAACAGAGACGGGAGACGGAGGAGAGGCAAAGGGAGGAGAGAUACACGGCGCCGAUAGAAAGGGUCGGGCUAGGGAACGCACGUCAGGCACCAGCGGUACCUGUGAUGGCGCCCCCUAAGGCACGGGCGCAGAAGAUGACAGCAGAGGAUGACCCCGAGGCGUACUUGGUUGCCUUUGAGCGGUUGGCCACCACUGCGCAAUGGCCAAAGGAGUACUGGGCCAGUCAAUUGGGUCCCUGUCUGAGCGGGGAGGCUCAGGCAGCGUACCAAGCCAUGACUGACGAGGAGGCUAGCCAGUACGACCUAGUCAAGCGGGCCAUCCUCCAACGCCUCAACAUCACGGGGGAAACCCAUCGGCUGCAUUUCCGGGAAUACCGGAGACCACGCGAGACCCGUCCCAGGGUGGUCGCCCAGAAACUGUGUGAACACAUGGUGCACUGGCUUAGCCCUGCACAAAAGACCGGUGCACAGAUGGGCGAGGCAAUAGUCUUGGAGCAGUUCUGCCAUGUGUUCGGCACGGAGACACAGGACUGGAUACGGCGUCACAACCCAGACACCCUGGAGGCCGUCGUCAAACUGGCGGAGGACUUUGAGGACUCCCGGGUCUCCAUCAAAACAGGACUACUGAACCCUCUUCUUCCUCUCACCAGCCGAGGAGCAGCGCCCGCAGUACCACCAACACCUUCUCCUCCCCUGGGACCCCGACCGGCCAAACCACCGAUUCCAAUGGGCCGACCCACCUCCUCACCAUGGAGUCAGCGGUUGGCCCCCAGCUGGGGUAGAUUUGCUACCCCCGACCCACUGCCUUAUCAGCAGCAGGACAGAUCGCUAACCCCAGUGCCUUCUGCCCCUAGUAUUGUCUGUUUUAGGUGCCAUGAACCUGGACACAUCGCCCGCAUGUGCCCCUCGGCAAUGGAGUGCAACGUGGCCACAUGCUAUCUGGCAUGUGAAGCAGGAAAACAAAGAGAGACGGAUCGAAAAAUGGGAAGGUGCGUCUCUGAAACGAGGCUGGGGACUGGUGGAGAGAGCGUGGAUGGUAUCAAACGCCACUCGAAGGGAGUCGGCGGUUUAGAUGGAGCGAAGAUGGGGCUGGCUUCGGGCAGAGAUGAAGAAUGCAAAGAUCUGAUGCCGCUGCAGAAGCUGAGAGGAUGA